GCCUCCUUACUUUGACAUUUGCUCCUCUUCCCGCCGUUUUCUCCAACAUCAAGCUCUUCGUUUUUUUUCAUUUUUCAUAAAUAAAAAACAACUAAAUUGGAAAAAAGAAAAACCCAAAACCCAGAAGCGACGGCAGCGGCGGAGGAAGGAGGAGCAAGCAGAUGGGCAUCAAAGAUCUUCUCAGAUUCUUGAAGCCUUUCAUUGCGCCCAUUCAUAUAAAAAAGUAUGCCGGAAAGCGGGUGGGUAUUGAUGCAUAUUCAUGGCUUCACAAAGGGGCAUAUUCAUGUAGUUUGGAGCUGUGUAUGAAUUCGAAUAGCGAAAGGAAACUGAAGUACAUUGACUACUUUAUGCACCGGAUAAAUAUGCUCCGCCACCACAAGAUAACCCCGGUGGUGGUUUUUGAUGGCGGCAAUGUACCUUGUAAGGCCACCACUGAGCACGAGCGCCACAGGAGACGGAAGACUAAUCGUGAUUUGGCAAUGGCAAAAUAUAAAGAAGGGGAUAUUAGAGCUGCCACUGAGCUCUUCCAGAGAGCAGUGAGUGUAACACCAGCAAUGGCACAUCAACUGAUACAGGUUCUGAGAUCAGAGAAAGUUGAAUUUGUAGUAGCUCCAUAUGAGGCUGAUGCACAGCUAGCAUACCUGUGCAGUCUCGAAGCAGAAAAGGGUGGAAUUGCUGCCGUGAUUACAGAGGACAGUGAUCUUGUGGCAUAUGGUUGCCAAGCUAUUGUCUGCAAGAUGGACCACUAUGGUAAUGGCGAAGAGAUAGUGCUGGAGAAUGUUUUUAAUCCAGGGAGUUGUACACCUUCGUUCCAAAAUUUUGAUCAGGAAUUGUUCACAGGCAUGUGUGUUUUGGCUGGCUGUGAUUUCCUUCCGUCUGUUCAUGGAAUUGGGAUUGCAAAAGCUUAUGCCUUGGUUGCUAAGUAUCGCAACUUAGAUCGUGCUUUAUCGGCUCUUAAAUCGCAGAAGGGCAGUCAAAUGGCUGAAGAUUACCCCAAAUGUUUCAGAGAAGCUGUUGCAGUUUUUCAGCAUGCUCAAAUAUACGACGCUGACAAGAAAAAGGUCAAACAUAUGAAACCAAUUCCACAAAGGCUUGUGCAGUCUCUAGGUGGAGAACUCGAUUUCCUUGGACCAGAAAUGCCUUCAUCAGUAGCUACUGCAAUUGCUGAAGGAAAGUUGGACCCCAUAAAUAUGGAGGCCUUUGAUCACUUCCCCGCUUGGAUACAUCAUCCAGAUCCUAUCAAAAAUAGAAAUUUUGAUCAAACCCAGAGAACUGCGACUGCGGUUGUAUCUGCAGAAGUUAGCUGUUUUGUGUCCUUUCCCUCCCUUAAAAGUCAGAAAGAUAGUACAAGGCAAACAGAAAUGCGGAAUCCAGUUUUAGAUGAAAACGCGUGUUUGGAUGAAGUUGCAGCACUAGCAAAGCUGAUUGUGCAGUCGAAAAAUAAUGGAACAAUGGAAGGGGCAAUGGCACCCAAGACCAUCCCAUUGAAGGUUCCUCUCAGCAAUCCUUUCAAGAAGCGGAAAAAUGAGAUUCGCUCGGAUCAAACAGGUAGCGAAAACACUAAACAAACUUCGAAUGCAGCUCCUGAGGUGGAAGCUUUGGGCAUGAAGGUAAAAGUUCUCGACAAUGGCCCCUCCAGAAAAAGGAAAGUUGAUGUUGUUCACUUAGAUCAUAUAGUGAGCGUUAGUGAACGGGUUUCGGGCGUGACGGAGAUGGAGUCUUCGGACAUUGUGUGUAUAACUCCAGAAUCUCAGGAAAGUGUAAAUUCUAAGCUUCCCAAGGGAAGAAGGGUGGUAAAAAAUGAGAAGGUGAAGAGAAGCAGCUGCAAGAGUUCUGGGAGUAAAAAUGGCAGCAUCUUGAAUUUCUUUUCCCGUAUAUGAUUUAUUUCUCUAUAAAUUAUUUUAAUUCUCAAAUUUUGACAUUUUUUUGCUAGUUUUCUAGAGCUAUUGUUGGGUUUAAGUAGCGAGGUAGAUUUUCAAGAGCUUGUGGAACCUCUUUCGUGUUUAGUUCAAACUUUUUUCGAUGAA